GUCGUCGCAAACUUUUCGUGUCAUCGUAAGCUCUCUAAUAUGGCGUUGAAAUCAUUCUUGUGGUUGAUUUGUCUUUGUACUUCCAUUCACGUUGUCUAUUCUGUUCCAGAGUAUGGAAUCAAAGAAUUUGUUUUUCAGAAGGGUGGUGGAGUGAAAUCAUUUGCAAAAAGUUUAUUCAAAGAUGCAAACAUUAAAUUUAGUGGAGAGGUUGAACUGGAAAACACUAAAAAACCCUUGGAAGAUUUGUCGUUGCGUUACAUUCUUUUGGAAUCAAACUGUGCCCAAACGUUUCCUCAAAUGGAUGAAAAGACACGAGUUUCUCUCACCAUGUACACUUCGGGUGCCAGAGAUCGGCUCAUUAGGUACAAGGAAGGUGUGAUCAAAUUUCAUGGAAAACACCUUGACGGCGAAAUUAAUUUGGCUAGAGAACUUGAUGAAAAAACGCAAGAAAGUGUGAAUGACGUGAAAGUCAAGGAAGAACUUGAUUCAAAAAAGAAAGCUGAUGAUGGCAAAAAAGAUGAAAAAAAUACUAGGCAAAAGCGAGAAACACGACAGACUAGAAAAGUUGAUGAGAAAGCAAGAAAAAGUGCGAAUAACAAGAAAGAAAAGAAAAGAGUUGAUCCGAAAAAGAAAUCUAAUGCUAGAAAUCGUGUUGAAAAAACAAAGGAAACGGCGAAAGGCAAGAAAAAAGUUGAUCCGAAAAAGGCUGGUGAAAGUACAGUCGAUGCAUUGGACGGAAAUUAUCUGUUAUUAAUCCAGUUGGAUGGGGUUUUUCCAGAAAAUGGCAUCAAUGUGCAAGUCAAAGUUAGUAUAAAGAUGAAAACUGGAUACCUAUCAGCAGCAGAAUGGCCUCUACUCCCGUUUUAUGGUGCGAUGUCAUUGGUGUAUUUGGUUUAUGGAGUUGUUUGGCUAGCAGUAUCCGCUUGUCAAUGGCGUGAACUACUAAGAAUACAGUUUUGGAUCGGAGGAGUAAUUGCUCUCGGAAUGUUGGAAAAGGCCAUCUUGUUUUCAGAAUACAACAAUGUUAAUGACACUGGUGUGCCAGCUCAUGGGCUUGUCGUUCUGGCUCUUGUUCUGUCAUGCAUCAAGCGAACUCUCUCUCGAGUACUCAUUCUCAUUGUAAGCAUGGGUUUCGGUAUUGUCAAACCUCGUCUUGGAAAUGCUCUUCAUCGAAUUCUUGCCGUCAGCAGCUUAUAUUUUGUACUCAGCUUAGUGGAGGGAUCGUACCGUGAAUUAUCUGUACAAGUGGAUGUGAAUCGCAAGCAAAUGAUUGCGUCUAUUCCGCUAUCAGUUUUGGAUGCGGUCAUAUGUUGGUGGAUUUUCAUGUCUUUAUUGCAAACUAUGAGAACAUUGAGAAUCCGGAAGAACGUCAUCAAAUUAUCGCUCUAUCGUCAUUUCACGAAUAUUUUAGCUGUUGCUGUGUUAGCAUCUGUUGGAUUCAUGGUUUGGGUUAUCAAAACACAUUCAUUUGCAGUUUGCAUCGAGGACUGGAAAGAGGUUUGGAUUGAUGAUGCAUUUUGGCAUUUUCUCUUUGCUCUCGUACUUCUUGCUAUAAUGGUGUUAUGGCGGCCUACUGCAAAUAACCAACGAUACGCGUUUACACCGUUGGUUGAUGUUGGUGAAGAUGAUGAAGAUGACGACAUUACUUUAUCAGAUGCCUUUCAAGGUAUGAAAAUGCGUAACAAAAAUGAUGGAGAAAGUGUUCCACCUGGUGAAAAGCAAAGAAAAAAAGCGGAAGAUGAUUUAAAGUGGGUCGAGGAGAACAUCCCAACUUCUGGUGGAAUCGACACUGCACUGCCAUCACUCUUGGACUCUGAUGAGGAGAUGAUGACGACAAAGUUAGAGAUGAACAAAAUGGAAUGACAAUUAAAGUGAUUCAUUGCGAUAACAUUGAAAAUGAAGACUUAAAUUAGUUGUAUUAACACAUGGUAGUAGUCCAAAGUGUUGCACUGUCUUUUAAUUAUUGCCUAUUUCAAGGCACAUUUAUGACUUAGCUCUACAAUGUUUACAAUUACUAGUAAAAACGUUCAAAAAAUUUUUUGCAAGAACAUAUCCGUUUAAUACGGUGGCCCGCACGUGCAAUUCACAAAACAAAUUUGUGAAUGAAAAACCAAAGAUUCUGAUGCAAAAGAAAUUUGUUUCUUGCGCAGAAAAUUAGUUUGGUAAAAUGAAAUAAUACGUAAUACAAAACAAA